AUGGCUACCACCCGCCUACGAAAAGCUUUCCGCUAUCCCGACGACUCUGAGGAAGAGCCGGCCGAGGGUAUUGAUGAAGAAGAGCAAGAGAAGCUCAUCACCCAGCUCCAGACCGAGGAUGUGGCCCGAACCGACUUCUACAAGAAAGCCUUCCUCGCCCUGCCCGCCCUCUCUCUAAUCCUCUACCUCCGCCCGCUCUUUGCGCCCUCCUCUUUCGCCGAAUUCAUGACCGCCGUCCUCGCCAUCACCUCGCUCGCCGCCUCUGCGUACUCGCUGUACUUCAUACCGCUCGGCAACCCACCGUCGUCGUUCUUCCCUAAGCGCGUACAGGUAGGCGGCGGCGGAGGAGGCUCGUCCUCGGUUCAGCGUGGCUAUGAAACGAUCCUCAGAGCCCUCGGCACGAGCGGUGUCGACGAUGGUCCCGUCGAGAAGUUCCUGCCGCUGCUGAACUUGGCUUUGUGCUUGGUGGUGUGGUUGAAGUCGCGGACGGCCAAGGAAGAAGUUGCGGGGUGGGAGGGGGGUUUGCCGGCUCUUGUGUUUGGACUCGUGGUUUUGGUGAGGUCGCAGUUGGCCCCCAUCGAUGUGGCGGGCCUGGAACGGCUACGAUACGGGUACAAGGGUGCCUGA